CAUAUAUCUACCACAAAUCCCCACCCCUAUCUCCAAACGCACCCAUUAUCUCCUAUCCCCCCACACCCAGAUAACAAACCCCUCUAUCAAGACGAAAGUCGGCCAACUUCCGAUGGCCCCGUGCAUAGGCCGUAUCCGACAGUACCCGCCCACGGCAGCAACUGAGGGGAAGAAGAGGGGCUGAGUUCGAGUACGCAGAUAACUGUCGACAACGCAAUAGUAUUGUAUCUCCGAUGACGGAGUGUACCAACCUCCCACCAGCUAUAUAACCAGCACCAGCACCAGCACCAGCACGAACACAUACACAUACACAUCCUCAUACCCAAACACCAAAACCAAGACUCAGUCCGACACACCACACCCCCAACCGAACCCAAAAUGCCACCCCCCCAAACCACCGACCCCAUCUCCCUCCCAGCGCCCUUCUCCUCGAUCCCCCGCCUCACGCUAACCCUCGGCCCCUCCCCGAUCCACCCGCUCCCCCGCAUAACCGCCGACCUGAGCACGCCCACCAACCGCGUCCACAUCUACGCCAAACGCGACGACCUCUCCUCGCACCUAGCCUACGGGGGCAACAAGACCCGGAAACUGGAGUACAUCCUCGCGCCCGCGGUGCUACCCCCUACCCAACAAACCAACCAACCCCAAACCCAACCCCCCUCCCCUUCCACCACCACCACCACCACCUCCGGGGAAUGGCGCAAAGCAACCACCCUCAUCUCGAUCGGCGGCCUGCAAUCCAACCACACGCGGCAAGUGGCGGCGUGCGCCGCUUACCUGGGCCUGAAAGCGCGGCUGAUCCAAGAGAACUGGGUGCCGGACUACGCGGCGCACAGCCGCGUGUACGACAAGGUGGGCAACCUGCAGCUGUCGCGGCUGAUGGGGGCGGACGUGCGGAUCCACCUGCCCACGGAGUUCGGGAUCGGGGAGAAGGAGACGCUGCGCGCGCUGGAGGAGGAGUGUCGGGGCAGCGGGGAGGUGCCCUACUAUAUUCCGGCGGGGGGGUCGGAUCAUCCGCUUGGCGGGGUGGGGUUUGCGCGGUGGGCGUGGGAGGUGAAGCACCAAGAGGAAACGGGGGCGGUGCUGCCGGCCGGGGAGAGGUUCGAUACCGUGGUGGUUUGUGCGGUGACGGGGGGCACGUUGGGGGGCAUGAUUGCUGGGUUUAAGUUGCUCGAGAAGUUGGAUCCCGAGGGGGAAGGAGGCCCGAGGAAGAGGAAGGUCGUCGGCAUUGAUGCGAGUGCGAAGCCGGAGGAGACGCGCGCCCAGGUGUUGCGGAUUGCGAGGGUGACUGCGACGCAGAUCGGGUUGACCGAGGAGGAUAUCGCCGAGGAGGAUGUGGUGCUGGUCGAGGAUUAUCAUGCCGGGCUGUAUGGUGUGCCUGACCGGCAGACCUGGGAGGCCAUUGAGUAUGCGGCCCGCAUGGAGGCGUUUAUCACCGACCCCGUCUACGAAGGGAAGAGUUUCGCCGGCAUGGUGGAUUUGAUUCGCAAAGGGAAGAUUACGGGCAAUGUGCUGUAUGCUCAUCUGGGGGGGCAGCUGGCGCUGAAUGCGUAUACGGAUGUGGGCGAGAGGCAGGAGGGGGUGAAUUAG